AUGUGGCGGGCCUCACCGCCUAUCCUGGGACACGUGGUGGACCCCACUCACCUGUCCCAUGACCCAUGGAAGCCCUGCCCACCAUUCCAGGCACCUGUGGCAGGCUCAGCCCGUCUGUCCCGGCACCCGUGGCAGGCCCAAGCCCCGCCCAUCCCGGCACGCAUGGGAGGCCCCACCCGCCCAUCCCAGCACCCGUGGUGGGCCCCACCUGCCCAUACCCGGACACCUAUGGGUGACCCCCUCCCACUGUCUCAGGGCAUGUGGCGGGCCUCGCCUGCCCUGCCCAGGACACAUCCCCGCCCACCCCAGAACAUGUGGCGGGCCUCAACUGCCCGCACCGGGACACGUGGCGGCUCUCGGCCCGCCCAUCCGGACCCGUGGCCGGCCUACCCACCUGUCCUGGCACCCAUGGUGAGCCCCUCCCACCUGUCCCAGGACACAUGGCAGGCCUCGCCCGCCCUGCCCGGGACAACAUGCCCACCUACCCCAGAAACAUGUGGCGGGGCUCACCUGACCUCCCCGGACACGUGGCUGGCCUCGCCCACCCACCCAGCCACGGCACCCAUGGCAGGCAACCACCCGCCCAUCCCUGCACCCGGGACAGACCCCACCCACCCAUCCCGGCACCCGUGGUGA